AUGUUGAUACCAAAUAUAUUCGUAUUUUUAACAUUACUUUGCUCUACAAGUAGUUAUCCAAAAUAUAGAUCUGUAGUAAACACAAAUAUUCAAGAUCCUGAAGAAAUAGGUGGAGAUUUUGAAGGUGAUAUUUUAUUAACACCUGUCACAAUCUUUCGAGGUAUAGGUAAACGAGAUCUAUCUGCUCGUUGGCCGAAUGGAAUUGUCCCAUAUGAAAUUUCAUUAGAUUAUGAUGCAUACGAUCGUGCUAAGAUUAUAUCGGCUAUGCGUCGUCUGGAAAGAGUUGUUUCAUUAGAUCCAAAUUCUGCUUCAUAUUGUAUUCGAUUUCGACCUAAAACUGAUGAUGAUAAAUAUUUUAUAUCAAUUAAAAAUGGUAGUGGAUGUAGUUCAUAUGUUGGACGGGUUUUCGAAGGUGGUCAAAAAGUUACAUUGCAAAUGAAAUCAUACUGUGUUGAUCCUCUUGGUUUUUGGCAUGAACAAUCACGCCCAGAUCGAGAUGAUUAUGUAACUAUUGAUUUUAAUAAUGUAGAACCAGGAAGAGAACAUAAUUUUAAUAAAUAUUCAUUUGAAGUAACUGAUACAUUAAGUCUUCCAUACGAUUAUAAUUCGGUAAUGCAUUAUUCAAAAACUGCUUUUUCAAUGAAUGGAUUACCAACUAUUGUUACAAAGAGUCCAAAUGUUUGGAUAGGACAACGAAAUUCAUUAAGUGCAACUGAUAUAGAAGAAGUUCGAAAAUAUUAUAAUUGUAAUUGA